AUGGCGACAGUCAACAAUCUCAUGACUCCAGGGAAUCAAAUCCCCCAUGAAGCGACAAUAGCCCAAAAGUUGCACAUCAGGCAAUUGGUUCGCCUGUACAAUGACUUGCCUACCAACAACGCGCUUCCAGGAAGGGCCACAAAAGCCGUAUUUGAGAUACAAGAUAUAUUUCACCUCAGAUGGCUCCUCGAUGAAAGUAGCUCCGCAGUUCGCCCCGAGGAGUACAGACAAGACGAUGCCGAGCAGCAGUAUCCCAAUGACUGGCUCAUGCAGCAGGGCGCCUCUGAUGCUUUGGCAACUUUCAAGGCAUUUAACGGCCUUUUACCUAGCUGGAUUCCUACUAUCAUUCACCAGAACCCAAAUACUAUAUUCAGUUAUUUCGGGUUUCCCAUCACAGUCAACCCGCUUGGUAACGGGACUCCGAAUCAGGACAAUGACCCAAGGUUCAGGCAUGUAGUUAGGAAGGUGGUUGACAUAUCAUUUGCUCUUAUCAUUUCUCCCAAAAGCCAUGAAGUUCUUCGAGCAAUCCAUCCUGAGGUUACGAAUACGUGGAAUGGACAAGGUUCCAGCGUCACUCCCAUACCAACCGGUGUUGAUUCAUUCGGUGUUGUGAAUCAUUUCUUACGCAUUCUGAGAGCUCGAUUUCCGACCAUUGAACUUCUUGGCCACCGUGACCUGGAAGGAGCAGACGCCGAAGUUCGGCCACGCGGCAUGUGGUUACAGCCGGGCUAUACCAUCGCCGACUACGAUCCAGGCCAGAGCGCCAGAGUUCUUUUGAACGGAGAAAAUGUGGUGUCUGCCAAAAAAGCAGCAAUUAUUGCUACGAGUCCUAACGCGACCGCUACUGAACGUCGUCAAGCCAUGAAAAACUGGACAACGUAUCUAGCCAGUAUGAGCGUAGCACUCGCUCACGAGUUCGUUCACCUAUUUGUCGUUAUGCUGGCUGGCGGUAAAAUCCCCGCCACACCACUAACGAUGCACGGCACCGAUAUUGGAGAUAUCGAGAAGAUUUCUAACGCUCAUCUCAAUACCGGAGAGCUCGACUGGUUUGAUGGCGAUCGCGACUUGAACAAUAUCCCAGGGAGUAUUUGGAGCAAGGUGCGGGGAGAAUCCGGCUUCCACUGGGAGGCAAAGGUUUUUGGCGGCAAGCUGACGACGAACGAGCAAAAGCUCAAGGCUAGACAGGUGACGCUACCAUAUAUCACUGCUUUAUUGAAUCAGGCAUCUCGUCUCCCAAGCGGAGGAUUGCCCCCUCAUCUACAGACAAUUCUGCCAGUUACUCGUUUCCACCUAACAGGAAAGAUCAAAGAUGCCAAGCACAAGAACAAUAUGAGUACACUCAGAUACCCAAAGGCGCCAUAG